CGAAAAAUUUCUUCUUCGAUCAUCUGUCAAAUGCAAACAAACGCCAUUUCCACAUAGGGUAUCAACAGUGACCGCACCAGGGACUAUUGGAACGACCACCUCUCUCUUUCACCUGACCUCAGAUUUUCUAGUGAAGACAACGAUGGCAGACGGAGAGGAACCUAUUACUAGUGAUGAUGUUGCCAAUGGCACCGCCGGAGACAGCAACGCGAGCCCGAAUGAAACAGAGGCAUCGGCCCUCGAAGACAACAUUGCCACAAAGGGGAGAAAUUCGUACUACUUCGCACACAAGCACAAGGCCAAGGGACCAAAAUGGGACGGGAAGGCCGAGCCUAAAUCACUAUCCAAAGAAGACAUGAAAGCACUGAGUCUAGAAGAUCCAACAAAACUAUUGGAACAAUCGGGAAAGGCAUCAUCCUUCGCCUACCACAAGAGCAACAUCACAUCGUAUGCAUUCUUGAACGAAGAAAAGCAGGUCAAGCUUUAUAUCACUUUGGAAGGAAUUGGCGAACAGUGCAAAKWCGAAGAUAUCCAAUUGGAUUGGGACGAAUCAUCUCUUUCGUUACUGAUCAAGAACUAUUCCGGCACCGAUUCGACGGGGACAGAGGAUCGUACGUUGUCGUUUGGAAGACUUACGGCAAAGAUAUCGAAUGCGAAAUUCAAACUAAAACCGGAUAAGAUUAUUCUCACGCUUAAAAAAGAGAAAGCAGGCAUGGAAUGGCACACAAUCAACGACAAGGGAUCACCAGAUCACGAACUCGUAUAGCAAUCGAAAUUUUAAAAAGUGUGAAAUAGAUGGUAGACUAUCGUGCACUGAUUUUCGCAGGACGUUUGGUUUAUCCAGAAAGUUCUGAAUCUAAAAAUAGGGAAGGAAAAUAUUUUGAC